AAACAGCUUGACUCUCUCUCACUGUUCAAUUAAACUUUGGAACAGAAACCUACUUACUUAGGUACAUAUUUUUUUAUGUCGAGAGGAAAUAGGACGUAGUCAACGGUGUGCGUUCAAUCUGUCCGUUUUAGACAGCGUUUUACUACACCACAGACUUUUGCGAUUUCGACACAACAAAACUCCGUCUUUAGAACGACGAGAAUCACAUUUUCCUUUUGCAGAUAUACACGAGCUGGUCCAGUCCAGUCUCACUCUGUCCGUUCAUGUGUUUGCAUAUUACUUGGCCAAAUAAGCAUACAUUAACAAGCGUAGCGUAACGUAGCUGACAUACAUAGCACAACUGCAACAAAAAACAAGUAGAUAAAAAAGUUCAAGUUUGUUAAGUGGUAAACGUGCGAAAUUUAAGCAGUUAAUUGGACAUACUUACCGAAUAGAUAAUAAAUACGGGAUGACAAAAUUUAUACAAACUUAGUAUUAGUUUCGAUUAGCUCGAUUCAGGCCUUCUGAAAAAAAAUCAGUAGUAUUUUUGCAUACAUAAAACUUCAACAUGAUUUUAGAAGAGAAUCCACUACGCGUGGAUUUGAUCAUCGAAAAUCUGAUGAAUUUCCUCCCCGAAAGAGAUCUCAAGAACUGUCGCCUAGUCUCCACGCAGUGGUACUUUCCCGCUACGAAAGCUUUGCAAAAAUCAGCAAAACCCAUCACGUUCGGAUCCCUCUACAAAGUUAACUUAAUUCGACUUAAGCCUGACCUCGAGACGAUAAAGUUGUUCAUGUCGACUAUGGAAGCGUCCCCAUACAUUGUCCCCUACGUCAAGUUUGACCUCCGACCCAACGUCCUUGCCCCCAACUGUCUCAGUUUGAUGGACGAAUUCUUCACCAACUUUGGCCCUGUCAUCACCCAACUGUCAAUCUCUUUGGCUUACGAGAGUUCAGAUACGUUUCCUAAGCGGUGCUUUCCUCUCCUAAAUUUAGAGAAUUUAAAAACUCUAGAAUUUUGUAACUCGCUCUGCGGCGAACUCCAUCCCGCUCUCACGACAGAACUCUUGACGACGAGGUACAACUUGCUGGAAACUAUUUUACACGCUGCUCCAAACUUGGAAACGCUAAGUUUAUGGGCCGACUCGGAAAAUGUGGCGUGGCCAGGAGAAGCUAUCGAGGUCUUGAGACUGGCUGAGUUACCAAAGUUGAGGAAUUUGAAGAUUUCCUUCCCAAUGACUAAUUAUCAAUUGGUGAACUUAAGUCGGGUUAAUGUUCAGUUGACCUCGUUCAUAUUCUUGAUACGAGAACCCACCUUUAAUACGGAAAGUUUAUACAAAAUUCUAGCCUCGCAGGCAAACAGUUUAACCAAUUUAAAACUCGUGGAUUUGCAAUGUGACCAAGUCAAAUUUUUAGAACUUCCUGUAAUGCCUAAGCUAAAACAUUUCGAGGUCGAGGGAGCUUUUUACGGUGAUCAUUGUCGUUUGUCCUUGCUGAACUUUAAUUUUGAAAAAAUCCCGAAAAUAGAGAAGAUUAUUUUGAGAAAUUGUCACAGUAGAAAUUUAGAUCUUGGGUCAUUACUUUGUGGAACGGGGGCGUCUAGGUCACUUUUAGAAUUUCACGCGACAGCAGCACAUGACUUUAUGAAUUCAAAAGUGAUUCAAGAAAUUCCCAAGAUUUUCCCGAAUUUGAAAAAUUUACAUGUAAUGUUCUCCCCCGAAGCGAAGGAUUCGAUUUUUUAAGCUAUAGAUCUCGAGAAUCAUAUAUAGUAUUUAUUAUGGUUAAAGGUGAAUUACUUUUAUUUCUGUCCUUGUCGCCAAUACUAAAUAAUUAAUUCGAGUUACAAAGUUGUCAAACAUGAGUAAUUGUUGUUUAAACAUUUCAGUUUGGUUCGAUAUAUUACUUUUUAUUAACACUCAAUUUUAUGAGAGACGGACUGUGGUUUUUUGACUUUAUCCCGGAAAGUCAAAAUCAUAUUUCUCUGUAUAGAUUUUCCGGACUACCUCUCUAUUUUGGAAUAUUACACAUUCCCAUUGGAGGAAUAUGAAUUGCCGGUGUUCCGAGAUAAGAUCGAAAAAUACAUCGGGGAGUUGAAUUGGCAUGCUCACGAAUAUCCGGAUGAACGGGACGAGGUAAGUAUUACGGUUGAAAUUGUGCAGAAAAGAUAUUCAUGAAAUGUCGUAGGCAUUUAAUGUUUCCGAACUUCAAAAAUAUUACCAAAAAGGAUAGCAAGUGAAUUUCCUGUUGAUUUCUAGGGUCUGCAUGAUGUUGAAGAUGCUUUGGAAGAAGUAGUUCUGUUCUUGCAGAGUUACAGACUCAAUAUUCCCAAUGUUUCUCAGAAACUGUGGGCCACAAAAUUGUGAGUUAUAAUUGCUUAUAUGUUUCGCAUACAUGGUCAAACUACAUAUGUGUAUACGUAUUGGUAUGUACGUAUCCAUUUUCAUUUUGAACAUUCCUAAUUUUUCAAAUUGUAGUAUGCAUAUAAUACUAUACUGUUAUCUUUCCACAUGUUUCAGUAUUUGUGACAUGCUGGUGAAGUUUGGCCCACGACAUAAUGCAGUCAUCACUGAUGCCAACAUGGAUAAUAUUCUUGUUCAUUACCAAGAAGGCUACGAAAUUGCCAUUGCAUCCAGCCCUCUCCUUGCUGAAUCCAUCACGUUCAACUGUCAAUAUUUCGACUUUCUGCUUCUCCACAACUUCAAAGAUAGAGCUGCAAUUUUGCUGACAGCGGCGGUCGACGCAACCAAAAUUACUCUGGGGAAUGACAUUCAGAAUUGGAGGAACACCCAUCCUAAACUAGGAAUGCUUCUAGCCCGGAGACGGCACGUCAUUGCACUACCUUAGAACAUUUACUCUAACAUUGUCUUAAUAAUUUUCUUAUACAAUUUUACACUCCUUGUUGAUUACUUUCCUCUUUGCUCUUGUUUUUGUAAAUGUAUGUAUGUAUGUAUGUAUGUUUGUAUGCAUGUAUGUUUAGAUAAUUAUGUAUAUAUACUCGUAGUAGUGGGGGACUGGAAGUAGGAUGUUUCCUAUUUUGGAUCCACUUGUACCUCGUGUAUGAGUGGACCAGAGUGAGGAAGAGUGGGACGCACUUUAACUUUCCAUUUCAAUUCUAGAAUUAAACUCCGAAGUUCAUGCCUUCGAAAUCAAAGCAUUGGGUCAUUUUGUGUAUGACGGGGGGAUCCUGCUUGUUACGCCCCCUCUCGUUACAAGCCCUGUCCUCUACUACGUAAAUCGAACAUAACUGAAUAUAUCUGUUAAAUAAAACUCGUUACAUAAAUACUCAUUACGCAUUGGUUUUAUCUUGUUGUCGUCGAGCCAAAAAAAAUGCCCCCACUCCCCGCAGGGAGUGGGGGCCGUUAAUUCGAGCGCAGCGCCAAUAAGUCGCACGUCGUCGAGCCAAAAAAAAUGCCCCCACUCCCCGCAGGGAGUGGGGGCCGUUAAUUCGAGCGCAGCGCCAAUAAGUCGCACCUCGUCGAGCCAAAAAAAAUGCCCCCACUCCCCGCAGGGAGUGGGGGCCGUUAAUUCGAGCGCAGCGCCAAUAAGUCGCACGUCGUCGAGCCAAAAAAAAUGCCCCCACUCCCCGCAGGGAGUGGGGGCCGUUAAUUCGAGCGCAGCGCCAAUAAGUCGCACGUCGUCGAGCCAAAAAAAAUGCCCCCACUCCCCGCAGGGAGUGGGGGCCGUUAAUUCGAGCGCAGCGCCAAUAAGUCGCACGUCGUCGAGCCAAAAAAAAUGCCCCCACUCCCCGCAGGGAGUGGGGGCCGUUAAUUCGAGCGCAGCGCCAAUAAGUCGCACGUCGUCGAGCCAAAAAAAAUGCCCCCACUCCCCGCAGGGAGUGGGGGCCGUUAAUUCGAGCGCAGCGCCAAUAAGUCGCACCUCGUCGAGCCAAAAAAAAUGCCCCCACUCCCCGCAGGGAGUGGGGGCCGUUAAUUCGAGCGCAGCGCCAAUAAGUCGCACGUCGUCGAGCCAAAAAAAAUGCCCCCACUCCCCGCAGGGAGUGGGGGCCGUUAAUUCGAGCGCAGCGCCAAUAAGUCGCACCUCGUCGAGCCAAAAAAAAUGCCCCCACUCCCCGCAGGGAGUGGGGGCCGUUAAUUCGAGCGCAGCGCCAAUAAGUCGCACGUCGUCGAGCCAAAAAAAAUGCCCCCACUCCCCGCAGGGAGUGGGGGCCGUUAAUUCGAGCGCAGCGCCAAUAAGUCGCACGUCGUCGAGCCAAAAAAAAUGCCCCCACUCCCCGCAGGGAGUGGGGGCCGUUAAUUCGAGCGCAGCGCCAAUAAGUCGCACGUCGUCGAGCCAAAAAAAAUGCCCCCACUCCCCGCAGGGAGUGGGGGCCGUUAAUUCGAGCGCAGCGCCAAUAAGUCGCACGUCGUCGAGCCAAAAAAAAUGCCCCCACUCCCCGCAGGGAGUGGGGGCCGUUAAUUCGAGCGCAGCGCCAAUAAGUCGCACCUCGUCGAGCCAAAAAAAAUGCCCCCACUCCCCGCAGGGAGUGGGGGCCGUUAAUUCGAGCGCAGCGCCAAUAAGUCGCACGUCGUCGAGCCAAAAAAAAUGCCCCCACUCCCCGCAGGGAGUGGGGGCCGUUAAUUCGAGCGCAGCGCCAAUAAGUCGCACCUCGUCGAGCCAAAAAAAAUGCCCCCACUCCCCGCAGGGAGUGGGGGCCGUUAAUUCGAGCGCAGCGCCAAUAAGUCGCACGUCGUCGAGCCAAAAAAAAUGCCCCCACUCCCCGCAGGGAGUGGGGGCCGUUAAUUCGAGCGCAGCGCCAAUAAGUCGCACGUCGUCGAGCCAAAAAAAAUGCCCCCACUCCCCGCAGGGAGUGGGGGCCGUUGAUUCGAGCGCAGCGCCAAUAAGUCGCACGUCGUCGAGCCAAAAAAAACCCACUCAAGCGUCACCAGUGUAGUUGGACCAAAUUAUGCAGCCUGUGCUAUGUCCACAAUUUCAGGACUUCUGCUAUUCCAAAACCCAUCUGCCAGUGUUAUUGAUUCAGAGUGUCGACUUUGUUGUGAAGUAACAUCUCUCGUCUUAUUCAUCGGAUUGUAUGUGAAGAAUGUUGUGUUCGAAUAAAAAAAUGUGUUACUCCGAAUAUUUGUCUUGCGUCCAAAUAUUUAAGUUCCAUUUAUUUCAUGUCACUUUACAUGGUGCUAAAAAUAUGCGUACAUUGUAUAUACAUAUGCGAUUACAUCAUUGAAUACUGAUGAAUGCAUAAAUAAUUCAUCAAAGUUCCUAAGAUAUUGUCUGUAAUUAUGGAAAAGUGUGACGACAGGAUCUUAUUGUCAGUAAUUUGUCCUCAUGAGAAGAUAUUUAUGAGAGAGUGGACUAAUCAAAUAACUUUAACAUCCACCUCUUUGAUGAGAGGCCAAACCACUCAUAGUGGUACAAUUUUUAUUGCAUUUCAGGCACACAGGAUUUCGGUCUUUGCAACUAGACUUACGGUUUCGAUGCACUUGUAGAUUUGCAAAUGUCUUGAAAUCGUUGCCACAGUCCGAACAAAUUGUACCAUGUGCCCCCUUUGUACACCCCCUCUUUCUGUGAAGUUCGAAAUUACCACGAUUUCCAUAGUCUUUGUUGCAAUCAUGGCAUACUGUUUCUCUACUACCAGUACAUCUAGGAACGUGUUUUUUGAGACUGUCUCUGGCAAUCCAUGAUGGUCCAGACGGUUUAUAUCCACAACCGUCACACUUCAGCUCAUUCACUCCUUUUCUGGCUAUAGUUGGAGGGUAUAAGACGACCCUCUUUAAAAAUGGCAUGGCAAGAUCUUGACGUGUAGCAAUUUUAUUACUACACUUAAUAUCUAUAUGGUCACUAAGACUCAAAUCCAUGUCAUACAAGGGAACACAAGUCUGGUUCAGCUCUUGUAUGGAUUUGGAUGUGAUCACGUAAUCCAAAGUGGAAGUGAUAUGGUUUAUUUGGUUAGACUUGUGUGGAGCGUGUCUAGUAAACACGUUUGGUUUCCACAACUUAUCUGCUAUAUUUCGAAAACCAUAUUUCUUUAUGAUUUUUUGCAGUUGGUCGAACAACCUAGACCUUUGGUCUGGCUUAUGAUUGGGUUUCAACUUUUGCAUAUUGAAAUCUCCGACCCAAAUGCAAUGUUCGUCUGCAUGUUUUCUACACAGAGCUUUAAUUGUUUUCAACCAUUUCUGCUGUUCAUCUGCUCUACACGGAAGUCUAUUGGUUGAUGGGAAGUAGAGAUUGAAAAACAAUAUCUCUUUAUCCAACAAAUCACAACCCACCUUCACCAUCAUAAUCCGUUCAUGAUUAAAUGGUAGGUUAGGAUCUGAUGAACUCAAAGGCACAUGUUUGACUUUGACAGUGUCUUUAUAAAACACACAAAGACCAUAGCUCGAUUUUGUCGGGUCUGUUUUCCAUUGAAGUGAUGAAUGAAAAAUGGAUUCAUAUCCGUACUGCUGUUUUACAAAAUCAGCUAUAUUCUGCUCGUUUCUAGCUUGAAUUUGACUUUCCUGAAUAAAAAUCAAGUCACUAUCGUUCCAGUGAGGCAUCAUCUUUUUUAUUUUUUCUUCAGUGAUACCAUCAGCAUUCCAAGAAUGAUAUUGAAGAGUUUGAGCCAUUUUCACAUUUUUAUAAAUCGCACAAAGCAAUUAUUGAUGUUUUAAAACCGCACAAAGCAGUUUUGUAUUUCGAACCACACAAAGCAGUUUUUAUUUCGAACCGCACAAAGCAGUUCAGAAUUGAAAAGUAUAAACUAAAAUGAAAAAUGUACACAAAAAUAAAUAAAAUCCGGCGGUGAAGAACGACGAUGAGUGAGGAUCACCGGAGCCUACAAAACACAAACAAUGAUUGAUUAUCAUUAACAUAAUUACUUUGCUAACCUAGCUUUAUCUAAAAUAAUUUAAUGAUUAAAUACUUCACGAAACAACAAUGUCGGCGAAGGACGAUGGAGACGCAGACACAAAGCAGAUAAGAAUCCGUAAGUACGCCGCUCUGUACUACUCCGGUUCAGAUGAUCUAUAAAACAGGAAUUCAACAUAUAUGGACGACUAUAUGGAAUUAAACUUUAAGGGACAAGCCGGUGCCCUUCGUCGUGCCAUCCUUGGCGAUGGUGGUAGGCAAGGAGGAUCGUUUAGAGGUGAGUUUUGGUGGUCGAGGUCGGGGAUUUGGUGGGGAUCAUGGUCAAGGUCGGGGAUUUGGUGGGGAUCGUGGUCGAGGUCGGGGAUUUGGUGGGGAUCAUGGUCAAGGUCGGGGAUUUGGUGGGGAUCGUGGUCGAAGAUUUGGUGGGAAUCGCGGUGGAUUUAGUCGUGGCGGUGGGGUGAGCAAGAAGAAAGCCAAUCGCAAAUGUUACCUUUGCAAAGAGCUUGAUCAUCUUGCAAAGAAUUGUCCAUACUCUGAAGAAGACGCCAAAAAGAAAAAAGUCGCUGCUCUGGAAAAGCACGCCGAGACAGCUGUCGCGGCUGCCAAAGCUGCUGCUGCUCCCACAGCUACUACUUCGUAUUCUUCUACUUACCAGGUGGCCUAAGUUUCGGAUUGAACCCCCACAUUUAUGAUGCCACCUCCACCCCGUGUUGAUGCUGAUGGAAAUCCCCCAACAUAAUCAAUUACAUUGCUGUAUACCCUGUUAUUAUAUAUAGUUCUUGUUUUGUAUUUGUAUUUAAUAAAAUGUCUUUCUUUUGAAUAACGCAA